AUGAAUCAGGAAAAUCUAGACAGUAAGAGUAGUUUUCUCCAAAUAAAGGAAUUGAAAGAAAAAGUUAGAAGUCUUGUGUCUGAGGUAGAUUUUAAUAGCGAAAAUACCAAGUUUAAACUUGAAGAAAACUAUGAUAAUAAUAUUAGUGAUUCCAUGUAUAGUGAUGAAGGCGAUGACGAAUUCAUUGACUGCUCAGAAAUUGAAUCACUACAUGAAUCAAACUGUAUUUAA